UUGCCGCCACAUCCACACAGCACCAUGAACGCCGCGCCAGUAUUCCUCCAGAAGACCUACGACAUGCUUGAAGCAUGCCCCAUGCCCGUCGCGGAAUGGUCCAAAGACGGCAAGUCGUUUGUGAUUAAGCACACCAAGCAGUUCGAAUCGACGAUGUUGCCCCAGUUCUUCAAGCACAACAACUUCGCGUCGUUCGCGCGCCAACUGCGAUUCUACGGCUUUGAGAAGAGCAAGAUCCACGACGCGCGCUUCAACGAGAACAACGAAACCGGCCAGACGUGGUGGAUGUUCCAGCACCCCAAAUUCCUUCGCGACGACCCCGUGAAGAUGACGUCGAUCCGCCGCAAGACGUGCACGGAAUCGGUGGCGGUCAAGUGGGAAGCGGGUGAAGUCAGCGAACUCAAGAACCGACUCUCUACGCUACAAAACACCAUGUCCACGCUGUCUGCGCACAUUUCCACGUUGACUGCUGCAGUAUACGAAUAUGCUGCAUCGGAAGAUGUCGAGUUCCGUGAGCCUGCUGCGAAGCGCGCGAAAACGACUCUGUCUGUUAAGGUUCCCGCGCAAACGUCGUCCCCCAAGACUGUCGAUGACAUCACGAGCAUGGACCAUCAAGCAUGGAACUUUUGCUUGGAUGAUGAUACCUUCACGGACGUUGACGAGCACCUGUUCGCGACGCUGUUGGACUUUGACUUGCCGCUCGCGUGCUAAUGGCGCAUACUACUCCACCAGACGACCUCCUCCUUUCAUUGUGCGUGCAGACGUCGCCGACAUGUGUACCUUCUCCAAAGACUACCAUGCGCCACUCUAAUAACACGCUCCAUUCCUCUCCAUGACCCGAUUGUCGUUCUUGGUGAUGCGAUGCUCUCGCAACCGACUCCAUCAUCAGCCGCAGGAACCUGCGUAGGGGACUUUCGAUAUUACCAAGCCAAUCAUAUGACGAUAUACGAGCAUUUCGUCGUUUGAUUGGAUGUCAAGUAGGAUGAAGAAUGUGGGUUCAGUACAUAGUACUACUAGUAGUAUGCACUAGGUGUAGUGUGGCCGCCAAUUUAAAAAGUCAAUCAAUGGAUCGAUUUUUUGUACUGAA